CCUGUGUGGUUUUGGACAUGACUUGUCUCUCCAAGUCUCAGCCAGCAAUAGAGUCUUAUAACCAGCCAGGAGGUAACUGAGCCCCGACACCCAGCCGGCCCCCCACCUUCAUUCUCUUCCAACCUGCGGCAAUGUGGAUCCCUACAGUCAUCGUGAUCCUUCUUAGCGUGCAAGGAGCAGAAGCCGCCCUCCAAGAGCCUGAGAUCUGCUACAUUCUGGAUGCCAUCCUUUUCCUCUAUGGUAUUGUGCUCACAGCUCUCUACUGCCACCUCAAGAUACAGACAAAAAAAGCCCAGAAAAACAAACCAACAGGGGCCAUUUAUGAGCACCUAAACUACCCUGAAAAACAGAUCUAUGAAAAGAUUGGGGAAGGGCCCCAGAAAAAAGUAGAGGAGGGCGUUUACACGGGCCUGGAACCUGUGGAUAAAACCACCUAUGAAACCUUAAAGGGCGACGCCAAGAACAACUGAUCCGCUGGGUGCCCCGCCCACUGUCCAUAGCAACCGAGAAUUUUGCACUUUCCUGACCCAAGAGGAGGCCCAUUACCCUCCCGCAUGUUACCCAGGACUGUGGGGGGCUCCGAAUGUGGGGGUUCACUCUCACUUUAUGAUGUUUCUCUUGGGCUGGGAAUUAGUUACCCUGACCUGCGGGGGCACAAAGCAUUCUGGGAAAUAGCUCCCCAGCCACUAAAAUAAAGACCAUAUAGAGUGAUUGGUAAUGACAUCACAGUAUGAUGUCACUGAAAUCCCAAAUGAUGUCACAAUACAAUUUUCCAUAAUUACUCGCUAUAAGGCAGCCCAGUGCCGCGCCGUGUACCUAUAUCUAUACAGGGUUGGACUGGGGGACCCCUGCACCCCCUCCCCCCCGGGAUCCUGCCACCCACCCUGCAUUGGGAGAGGGGGCCCCAGAGCUCCCAGCAGAGAUCACUCCCGUCCCGCCGGCCCAGUCCGACCCUGUAUAUAUAUAUAUAUAUGUGUCUAUAUCCCCAUCACCCCCCUAUUUCUUUAGCAUCCCAGGGGCGCACCGGGGGGAGCCGUGAUUAGGGGGGGGUCCUGCUCUGCUUCAUAUAUAGGAAAAUGAAUGUAUUUUUAAGGUCAGAUAUUUAAUAACUCGCUUAUCUGCUAACGGCCCCCCCAAGCCGCUUAUUUGUAACCCCCCUCGCCCCCCCUGUAAUAAGAACCCUGUCCCCCCUCUCCGCAGCGCUUUACCCCAAACUGAUAUUGUACAAUAAACUGUACUGAGUCUUAACUGCC